ACUCUCGGGAUUAUGAUGAUUUAUCAGAUAGUGGAUCGUUGGUACCAUUUAAGAAAGACACUUUAAUAUACCUUGAUCAUAAAAGUACAAAUGAAAAUAAUAAUGAGGUUUCAAAAACCUAUCAAUUACAUAUACUCAUGGUAUUGACAACAAUAGAAACAAAAGAGAAAGAGAUACAGACGCUGAUGAAUGGAAAGCUUCUGAUUGAACUUCUGGAUGACCUCACAGACCCACAGAAUGAUGAUGUACAUAUACAGAACGUUUUGCUGGAACGAUGUCUCAAUGCAUCUAGAUCGGAGUUGGAGGAGUUCGUUGGCGAGUUGAGCAACUCUUGUAUCUAUAUUCCAACCUUGAAACUCUUCACUUCUCGCAUCUGCGAUGAACCUUUACGUCUAAAUUCGCAGGCAAAAUUGAUUGUCACAAUUCGCAAUUUUGCCUCGCUGUUGAUCACCGAUGUCAUCAUGCAGAACCUGAAUCAUUCCGACACUCCUGGAUUUGGAGAGCUUCUCCAUAAUUGCAUCGAACUUCUCUGGAAAGUACGGGAUGAUAAGCCUGGCUCUUUAACCGAUAAUAAAGGAAACAAUGGGCUCAAUUUAUUCUUCUAUACGACAAAAAGAAUUUUCAAAGCAAUCCUAGACGCGCGUGUCCUAGGAAUUUUGGUAACAUCUCCUCCAGGUCGCCGCUGUUUCAAACGCAUUCUGUUCGAUUUCAAAAUGAUCAACCAAAUUGAGCAAGAACAACUUCUUAGUUCAGUGGACAUAGUCGCAGCUCUUGUGGAAAAAUGUUCUGAACAUAAGGAAGUCUCGCUUCGUCAGGAACAGAGUUUUUCUGCGUAUAAGGCCUGCACAGCUUUGUUAGAAAGUCUAAAGUGUCGUCAAAAUGAGGAAAAAAUCUUGUUGGUUAGCAGGAAAAACUCAUUACCUCCCAUGUUAAAUGAUAUGGUUAAGUUUAAUAAUAAGGAAUCUAGGUCUCAACAUUGGAACAGAAAGCGAGCAGCCACUAGCGCCCAUAGCAACUCAGCGAACUCAGUGUCCAUGUCUAUUCAAGAUGAACAGUACCUCAAUCUGUUAGAAAUGGCGGUACCUCAAAAGCAAUCAGAUUUGCACAACUUAUUGCGAGAACUUGAAAAACGGAAAAUAGAAUUAUUUCGGGUAAAUUUUCUCAGUUUUGAUCCAAAUGAAUUUAAUGCAACUUCCAUUAUUGAUAUUUUGUCACUUGGAGGUCCACAUAUUCAUGAAGUGUACAUUGACGAAUGUCAGGAUAACCAAAUCGUGGACUUUGCCCUUAUUUUGAAGGUCUUUGACAAUGUUGACGCCGUUUUUUUAGCUGGAGAUAUAGCACAAUGUAUUGCUCGAGGAUCUUCUUUCCGAUUUCAAGAUUUGCGCGCCUUGAUGUAUCAAUGGGAACUUUCUCGGAUUCAAACCAAGCAGAAUCAGCGCGGAAUUGCAAAACCAAAACAAUUUGAACUAAAUGUUAACUACCGUUCUCAUGACGGGAUCCUUAAACUUGCCUCUUCAGUAAUCGAUCUAAUCUGGCACUUUUUUCCUAAAUCUAUUGACCGAUUGUCGCGCGAGCGCGGUGAAAUCGGCGGUCCACGGCCUAUCGUCUUUGAGGGGUUUCAAAAAGAAUAUUUUAAAGUCUUCUCUGCGGGUGAACGCAUGGCAAAUUAUAUCGAAUUUGGUGCAGAACAGGUGAUUAUCGUACGUGACGACAAGGCCAAAUUGCAAUUGAAAGACCUAAUUGGUAAAGCUGGACUAGUAAUGACAGUAUUCGAGGCCAAGGGCAUGGAAUUUAGCGAUGUGCUGUUGUAUAAUUUCUUUACAGAUUCACCUGCGCGUCUAAAGUGGCGAGUAAUUCGUUCCGAUUUGAAUGAUAAAUCUGAAGGGAUUCAGACCUUUUCUCACGAGAAACAUUACAUCCUUUCCUCAGAGCUUAAACACCUUUAUGUCGCCGUGACCAGAGCUCGGCAGCAUAUCUGGAUAUGCGAUGAAAGUGCUGAAUAUAGCACGCCAAUCCGCAUGUACUGGGAGCACCACGGGCUGAUUAAGGUUACUAAAGAUGUAGACGAAAUUAAUACCUUUUCCACUUUGGCCAAAAAGAGCACUUCACACGAAAUUAAAUCCCCAGUUGUUAUUGAGAGAAGUGCCGAGACCGGUGUCCCAGCAUAUAAAUCCUUACCGCAACGAGCCGAGCUAAAAAUUGAUCCAAUCGCUUUUGAUGCCUCAGAGCCGACCACAGACACCCAAGCUUGGUUCCGCCAGAUUCAGGAUUCCCCCCGAGCUCAAGCAGAAGCCAAAAAGAUCCAGGACUGGUUUCGCAGAGCUCACAAGCAACGACAAAAAUCUCGCGAACGUGUUCUUGACCAAACCUUGGAAAAGAUUUACAAUGACGUGAAAGAUUUCUGCGAGGUUGUAGCCCACUGGGAGUGUGCCGUGACGCAGAAGGGAGAAAAGGCGGUGCGUAUGUAUCAUAUGCUCUUGAGAGGUUUUGCGGUAAACGUAAUCGUGGAAUUGGUUAAGCUGCAAGAUAAAAUGGAUAAAAUCAAGAAUAAGUUGAAAAAAAAAAUCAAUGAUCCCUAUAUGGAUGGAGAGAAGCUCGAAAGUUAUUUGGAGCUUGAGGACGACCUAAAGUUUGUUGACAUUUAUUUGAAAACUUGUAUUGCCAUUUUCAUUAUCAUUCAACUUGUUCGAAUUUGCGUCUUUAGGUACAUCCAUAAUGAGAACGUUAAGCUGGGACUGAAUUCGAUAUCAACUACUGAUAACAUGGUGAAACACGAAGAAGCGGACAUUGAAUGGUUGUCAGAUGAAUUGCAGCAGGCAAGGAAUACCAUCGAUCAGGUUGUGGAAUGGAUAGAUCAUUGCAAAGCUGAGAUAUGA